UCAACAGGAAGACUGGGAUGCCAGCAGUGAGUCUGAAUCUGAACCUGAGGUCAAGGCCCCUGUUGCAAAGCCCCCUAAACUAACCUUGGCUGAGAAGAUUGCUCAGCGCAAUGCCGAAGCCGAACCUUGUACCCGAGAAUGAAACCGAAGAGGAGAAAUUUGAGCGUCGCCAGCGUGAAAAGAAUGCUAUUAUUGAGUCGGAUAUUGCAAAUGCUGCUGAUCUCUUUAGCGGUGUUAAAGUCACCGAUGAAGUCGUCACUUCUGCUAGCAAGUUGGAAACUAUGAAGCCCAAGACCAAGGAACAGUUUGCUGAGUUUACCACAGAGUUGGUCGCCCUUAUCCAGAAGCAUGAAAAACAAGGACUCUAUGUUUCGUUCUUGGAGGGUCUUUUCCGCGAACUUUCCCAGGGUGUCCGCGAUGUGGAUGUUCGCAAGUUUGCCAGCACUUUGACAACCUUAGCUAACGAGAAGCAAAAAGCAGCUAAGGAAGCUCAAAAGACCAAGAAGAAGGGUAGCAAUAAGCCAUCGUUGGCAACUGCCAAAGUCGAUACUGUUAUCGAUACUAAGGAUUAUAGCAACGAUUAUGAUGAGUUUGACGAUUUCAUGUAAAAAAAAAGGCGCUUAAGGAUCGAAUAAAGAUGAGUGUGAGCAUUUAAAUUUACACAAAUAAAAUGUGUGAUAAAUCACAGAGCAUACAAAUCACGGGU